AUGCAUGAAGAAAGAGAAAGAAUAGAAGUAGGAAAAGGAAAAAAAAGAUUUGUAAGAAAUAGUGAUAAUAAGGAAAAAUGGAUGAAUGAUUUCAACAAAGAAAGAGAUAAACUUCUGAAAGAAUUAAAAGAUAAUGACAAUAAUGAAAAUUGCAAAAAUUAUCUUGAGCUUAUUGAUUGUCAUAGGGAAUACCUAAUGAUUUCAAGUCCUAAUAAUGUAUUUGGAAAUAAUUCUACGUUUGUUGGGGAAAAUAUAAGAAAAGAGGCAAUAAAAAAAUUAUCUAAUAUUACUAAUUGUGAGAGGACUUAUAAUGAUAAGGGGGGAACUACUAUAAUGUUACAUUGGGUACAAAAAUAUGAUCAAGAAAAACGUAAAGAAAAAAAAAAAUUCAAUAGAAAUAAUGCAGCAUGUGAAAGUUUAUACUUAUGGUUUAUUAGCAGGAAAAUAGAUUUACAUAAUAUUAUGAAAGGCAUUCCUUUAGAUCAUACAGAUAUUUGGGAUAAGUUGAAAAAUGAAGAGUUGUAUAGUGGAGGACAAAGUUCUGCAAACAAUAGAAUUAAAACUUGUGUUACUUCUUAUUUUAAUACUACAAAAUACAAUUAUAUAGGAAAUUGGAUGUAUACAUUUGGUUAUGAAAGGGAAAUUUAUAAUAUAAAGUUUAAGAGAGGCUUAAUUAAUGUCACAGAAUUUGAUGAUUGGUUAAGUGAGAAAGAAAAGAAUUUUACUAGUUCACAAACAUGGAAUGUAACCGAUAUAAAGCCCUUCAAUGAUCAUUGGAAAAUUUUGAAAAAUGAAACACAAGAAUAUAGAAAUAAAAUUGUUGUCAAUCUAAAUUGUUCACUAAUAAAUGAUUUCAAUAAAGCUACAAUUACAACCCCAAGUCCUUUAUUUACAAGAACAAAUACAUCUGAUAUUAUGAAUAUUAGCCCUAUAUUUAUUACAAAUAAAACUACUCCACCUAUAACAUAUACACCUAACCCAUCAUUGUCUCCAACUAAUAUAACUACUCCACCUGCACCUAUUAUAUCUACAGUUGUUACAAGUAAUUCAUCUAUAUCAGGUACUACAAAUUCUCCAUUCAAUUCUCCUGUUUCAAUUACUUCCCCAACUUCAACUACUUUUACUUCAACUCCCUCUACUACUUUCACUACUGAAUCUAAUGGAAGCAAUACAAUUCCUUUAGGUGUUUCAUCUACUUCAGGAAAUACGAUUAUUGUAGAUAAUUUAUCAACAACAUCUACCACAGUCAUUCCAUACAAUUCAAAAGGCACAACUAUUAUAAGUGUUCCAUCUUCAAGUAAUACGACUGUUACAGGAAAUUCAACUAUUUCAACUACUCCAAGUACUGUAGAAAAUUUAUCUAGUUCAAUAAAUUUACUUUCUUCUUCCAUAGUUAAAACUACUACAGAUACUUUAACUUCUACAGAUUCUCCAUCUACCUUAAAUAAUACACCUACUUCAGCUAUAUCAUUUUCUACGGUUAAUUCAAAUACACCAUCUACUUUAUCAGCAGAUGCAUUGACUAUCAAUAGUAGUGCAUCAACUAAUUCCUUUACUGUGCAAUCUGGAACUAUAAAUCAAAAUAUAUAUCAAUAUAAUAUAAGUGGUAUAAUGAAUACAACUACUUCAAUUACAUCUAUUCCACAUGCUCCUACAGUAAUACCUUCACGCAAUAUAGUCCGUGAUGAAAAUCUAGGAAAUAUAUUAAUAUUGUUAGGUAUUUCAUCAGGUACAAUAAUUUUUGGAAUAUUUAUUUUUCUUCUUCUCUGUAAAUGUACUCCAAUUGGUUCCUGGAUUGGUAAACGUAAAUCAAAGAAAGGGAAAAUUAAAAAAAAAAAAAAAAAAGUACAGUCAAAAGACACAUCAAAUACUUGUAUAUAUACUAAAAGAAAACCAGUAGAAAACAUAAAACACUUAGCAUCAUCUUAUGGGAUACAACUUCCAUCAUGUGAAAUCACUUUUGAAAAUGAAAAUGUUGAAGAAAAGGAAAAAUGUAAAGAAAUAGAAUUGGAAGGAUUAAGAAAUGAAUUUGUAAUACAAACCAAAGAACAAACAGAAGAAGAAAAAAAUAAGGAAGAAUCUAUAGAUGAUAAGGAAAAAAAAAAAAAAGAUGUGAAAAUGAAAAAGUCGAAGUAUUGGAAUGAAGAAAGGGUAAAGCAUGAAGAUAGCAAUGUAGAAGAUAAAGUAUCAACAAAUAAAAAAAUGCAUAGAAAGGAGGUAUUUAUAGAAAUAUAUAUGAAAAUAUUGGAUGAAUGCCAAAGAGAGGAGUGGGAAUUGCAUAGAGAAGAUUUUUUACGAAUUUGUUUGGAUGAAUGGAAAUAUGAUAAUAUAUUAUAUGAGGAUUUGUUGGAAAACGAAAAUACAGUUGAAGCAGAAAAGGAAGAAUGCAAUAGUAUUUCACUAGAGAGAAAAAAAUUGUUCUGGAAUAAAUACAUGGAAAGGAACAAAGAAAUAUUGGAAAAAUGGAAAAGGGAGAAAUGGUUUGAAAAUUUGAAGAAAGAAUGGGAAAAAGAACAAGAAAAUUAUGGAAAAAAAAGAGAUAUAUUAGAAUUGAUGGAAAUGGAAGAAGGAAAAAACACUAUGGUAGAGAAGCAAAAAAUAAUAUGGAAACAUUGGUUAAUAAAGCAAAGAAAAUGGUUCAUAGAAUGUUGUAAAGAGAAGUGGUUUAACGAGUUAUUAAAUGAAUAUGAAAAGGAAGAAUGGGAAUAUAAGAAAGAAUUACCUAAAGAAAAUAUUUUAAAUGUAAAGGAAAUUGAUAAAAAUAUUGAGAAAUUAAAGGAAGAAGGAAACUAUGAAAUAAUAAACAACAACAAAAAAUUAAUGAAAAAAUUGUGGAUAGAAAUACAUAUGAUGAUAUUAGAAGAAUGUAAGAAAGAAGAAUGGAAGAGAAACAAAGAUGAAUUUAUUAAAACAAGCAUAUAUGAAUUGAAAAUAGAGAAACAUUUAGAUGGCAAAGCAGAUGUAUUAGAGUAUAUAAAUGAGUUUAGUGGUAAUGCUAUAUCAGAGAAGAAAGAAGAUGAUAUAGAAAGAUUGAAAAGAGAAGAAUGGUUCACAAAAUUAAAGAUAAUGUGGAAAAAUAAUGAAGAGAAAUAUAUGAAAGAAAUAAAUGAAAAAAAUUUGAUAGAAGAAAAUGAAGAAAGAACUAGAAAUCCUAUGUUAGAGAGGCAAAAAAUUAUAUGGAAAAAACACUGGGAAAAUAUUCAAAAGAAAUGGAUAAAAAAUGGAAAUGAAGAAGAAUGUUUUACAAUGCUGGAUGAUGAGUUCGAGAAUAAAGAGAAAGAAUAUAAAAAUGAAAUGUAUAAAAUGAGUAUAGAAGAGAAGAAGGCUCAUGAACAAAUAGGAGAAGGGUGUGAAACAGCAGAUGAUAUUCCAGAAGAGAGAAAAAAAGAGAUUUUGAGAAAAAGGGAAGAAAAAAUGAAGAAAUAUAAAGUAAGUGAGAUAGAAAAUAUAGACAAAAAGUUCAAUUCUAUAACCAUGAAAAAAAAGUUGAAAUGGAAGACUAUAUUAGAAAUACAAAUGAUGGUAUUAGAAGAGUGUAAAAAAGAAGAAUGGGAAUCAAAUAAAGAAGAUUUUUUUCGAAUUUGCAUAGAAGAAUGGACAAAAAAAAAGGCAUCAUGUGAAGAUACAUUGAACAAAGAAAAAACACCUCAUGUAGACGAAGGAUUUGGUCAAAUUAUGUUAGAGAAACAAACGUUACUGUGGAAAGAAUGGUUAGAAAGGAAUACGAAGAUGUUAGAAAAAUGGAAAAAGGAAGAAUGGUUUAAUAAGUUGAAGAAAGAAUGGAAAAAUUAUGAAAAAAUCUAUUCAGAAAAAAUAGAAGAAAAACAGGUAGAAGGAUUAGAAGAUAUAAUAGAAAAUCCUAUGUUAGAGAAACAAAAAAUGAUAUGGAGAGAGUGGUUAAAGCGUCAUUUAGGGAUUACAGAACAAUGGUAUAAAGAAAGCUGGUUUAUGGAGGUGUUAAACGACUAUGAAAAGGAAGAUAAUAAGGAAUUACAAGCAAAAGAAAUAAAAAAUUCAUCGGAAAAAAUUGAAAAAGAUGAAAGAAUAAUAGAAGAUGUAAAGGAACAAUUAGAUGAAACAAAGAAGAAAAAGUUGAUAUGCAGAUUAUUGAUAGAAAUACAUAUGGCGAUAAUAGAAGAAUGUAAGAAAGAAGAAUUGGAGUCAAUACAAAAUGAGUAUCUUAAGUUAUAUAUAGAAGAAAAAAAAAAAAAAGAAGAAGUGUAUAAAAAAGGAAUGGAGAAACAGGAAAGGGUUGAUGCAAGUAAAAAAAAUAAAUGGAAUGUUCUGAUAGAGAUGGAAAAAAAAGAGAAAAGCAAAAUGGUUGACAUACAUAAAAAAACAAAAUGGAAUAUUCUGGUGGAGAUGAAAAAAAGACAAUGGGAUAUAUGGAAAAAAGAAGAUUGGUUUUUAGAGUGGAAAGAGAACUGGAAAAAAGAAGAAAUGAAACAUAUGAAAGAAAUUAGAGGAUUACAAAUAAAGAAUAACAUGAAAGGAGAAAAUAGAAUCCCGAAAUUAGAACAAAAUAUUCUAUGGAAUAGACAAUGGCUAGAAAAGCAAAGAAAUAUUCUAAAAAAAAAGAGCAAACAAAACAGUCCAAAAGGGUCUAUACCACAGAGGUACAAGAAGAAAAAAGAGAUAGAAGAUAUUUCAAGCGACCUAGAUAAUACAAUGUUAUAA